CCGAAUCGACCACGUAACCCAGACGCUCGCGCCUUAACACACAUAGAGAAGGGAAAAAACGCGUUUGUGACAGUGAUGCGUGUGUGCAACACCUAGUGAAUCCUCUCAGGGUGGCGUCCCAAAACCGCGUCGUGCAUGUGAAUAUGGGGAGACUGAGCAAAAGUACUCCAUCUGUUAGAGUGAAUUACAGAAAGUUAGUGGACGAGCUGGGCGGCAGUUGUGACAGUUUGAAAAUUAUGCCAGCUUUGCCGGACUACUUCUCCUACUGCUGUCAUCACUGCGGGCACACUCAAAAACUCCAGGCCGAGGAGCUGAACUCGAUAGUUGGAAAUGCAUUUAAGAUGGCUUACGCGGCGCAGCUGCAAAAACAGUCCAGCUUUCAAGACGUAAUUGCCUCCCAAUUGGAUCAAACUCAAACGGAUAAAGUACUUUGGACGAAGGAACUCUCAGCCGCCUUAAAGAAAGACAAAUCCCCCAACAAGAACAAUCAGCACCAGCCCACCGAUAUGGACGUGCAGCUCUCCAACCCCGACCCCUCCACGUUGCGCCUAGCGCCCCCAUCCACCAUUCCCGGCCUGAAGCCCGUUCACACGCACAAGUACAACGUCCUGGGGCCCACCGCCGAGAAGGUGAGUUCGCAACAAUCCACCCCCAGCAGCGACGAAAGCAAUUCGCCCACCGAGAUGAACUCGUACAAAAAGAUGGCGGAGAAACCGCCUCUGAUCAAGAGGAUCGCCAUGGGGCUCACAGGGAACGCCAACCACAACGACGAGGAUAGCUGUCCCUUGGUCAGCGACGGCAACACUAGUAGUACACCAGGUAGCCCAACAAACAGACCCCUCUCCGGCGGUUACGUGAACGAAACCGAAGAGUCGAAGAACAAAUCCAACAACAGCGUGGACAACCUCAAGAACGAGGUGGUAGAGAACAACUCCAACCUAACCAAACACAUAGAAAUAGACAACACCCUACUGAACGCAAAACCAGAGAAGGAAUUCAAGUGCAAACGGAUAUCCCAGAUCAGCUCGAGCAGCUCCAGCUCGGGUCCGCAAACCGGCACGGAAAACACGCUCAUCGGCUUUACCCCCACCCCGCCGCCCCUGCCGGAACGGACCGAUUCGCUGAACAACAGGGAGGAAGGGGAACUAAGAAUAGCGCCGUGGUUUCAAGCUGGGAUUCCCAGGGAGAUAGCGCUGGAAAUCCUGGCCCAGGAGCCAGUGGGCGCUUUCAUGGUGAGGGAGAGUACCAGCAAGCCUGGGUGUUUCGCUUUAUCCCUCAGGGUGCCCAGAAGUUUCCAACCUACUGGAAUCGCGCAUUACCUCAUUGUGAGAGCAAACAAGGGCUAUAAAAUUAAGGGCUUCACUAAGGAAUUCACAUCACUAACUUCUUUAAUAACGCACCACUCAGUUAUGCCAGAACUGCUGCCGUGCCCACUUUCCCUCAGUCGAUACCAUCCUAGUUUUGUGAAAACCGAUUCCAAGAGGGACUUCGCCGAUAUAGACUUGGAUCCGGAUUACAACACACUGGCUGAUUUUAGAAAAAUGAUGGCAGACCUGAAUGUGUAGAACUAUUCCGAACGUAGUGUUGAAAAUUAACAAUAAUAACCCACUUGCUUAAUUUAAGCCGGUGUAAAGACAAUUAUCGUGUACAUAAGUAACUAACAGUGAACUAGUCGUUUUUAAUAUAUGAAAUAUGUGAAAGAAAAGACGCAAAUCUUUGUGUACCUUGUGAUACCUUAGAAAAACUUCUUGACGAGAAGUGCUAGAAUUUUCCACAGUUUAUACAAUUUAUCUUGAGUGUUUAUAAAAACUUUUCAUUUUAGUUAUGAAAUUGAAAUUGUUUGUUGCUACAAAAAAAUUUUUGAGGAGGUGACACAUAAUUCCUACUUUACAAAUAUAAAUCGCUAUUAUAGACCUCCUCUUAAGUUUUUCUUAGUAAUUUAUAUUGCUAAUAAUUAUCAUCAGCUUCUGGUAGAGGUAGCGGACUUAUUUUCAAAUAUUUUUGCUUAUUUUCUUCAGUGAUUUGUUGGACCAAUGAAAAACCUGUUAUUAAAUGUUGUAAAUUAUUUAAAGUGACCUAGUCUUUAUGUGCAUCAAAUUUUUUGUAAAUAUUUAUAUAUAAAAAUUUUCGAGUUUUCGAUACGUAUAUUUUUACGAAUAAUUGUUAAAAGUCAAUUGUUGUAAAAACUUUGUAACUUGUUAUCAUAAUAUUAAA